AUGGGUCACCCUGAGGAAGUCGACGUCAUUGUUGCUGGAGGAGGGCCUGCGGGCUGUGUCGUUGCUGGCCGUCUGGCCUAUGCCGACCCCACCCUGAAGGUUAUGCUCAUCGAGGGUGGCGCCAACAACAGAGAUGAUCCCUGGGUAUACAGGCCCGGUAUCUAUGUUCGUAACAUGCAGAGGGACGGCAUCAACGACAAGGCAACCUUCUACACUGAUUCGUUAGCCUCUCCGCACAUGCGUGGCAGGCACAGCAUUGUUCCUUGCGCCAACAUUCUCGGUGGCGGAAGUAGCAUUAACUUCCAGAUGUACACGCGCGCUUCCGCAUCGGACUGGGAUGACUUCAAGACCGAAGGAUGGACUGCCAAAGACCUUAUCCCGCUCAUGAAGCGUCUUGAGAACUACCAGAAGCCCGCGAACAAUGACACGCAUGGCUAUGACGGUCCUGUCGCUAUCAGCAACGGUGGCCAAAUCACCCCUGUGGCACAGGACUUCCUGCGUGCAGCGCAUGCUAUUGGUAUUCCUUUCAGCGAUGAUAUUCAGGACCUCAACACUGCUCAUGGCGCUGAAAUCUGGGCUAAAUACGUCAACCGUCACACUGGCAGGCGCAGUGACGCUGCUACUGCAUACGUCCACAGCGUGAUGGACGUCCAGGAUAAUCUGUAUCUGCGCUGCAAUGCCCGUGUGUCGCGUGUCCUUUUCGACGCUAACAACAAGGCCAUCGGCGUUGCCUAUGUUCCGUCGCGCAACCGUACGCAUGGUGCGCAGGUUCAAGAGACCAUCGUUAAGGCGCGCAAGAUGGUUGUGCUCAGCUCCGGAACGCUGGGUACCCCUCAGAUCCUCGAGCGCUCCGGUGUCGGUAACGCCGAGUUGCUACGCCAGCUUGAUAUCAAAGUUGUCAGCGACCUGCCGGGCGUUGGCGAGGAAUAUCAGGACCACUACACGACUUUGACUCUUUAUCGCGUCUCCAACGAGACGGUCACCACCGAUGAGUUCCUCCGUGGUGUGAAGGAGGUCCAGAAGGAGCUUUUCGCUGAGUGGGAGACUAGUCCUGAGAAGGCACGCCUCUCGUCGAAUAGCAUCGACGCUGGGUUCAAGAUCCGCCCUACGGAGGCGGAGCUCAAGGAGAUGGGUCCCGAGUUCAACGAACUUUGGGACAGGUACUUCAAGAACAAGCCCGAUAAGCCCGUCAUGUUUGGGUCCAUCGUAUCUGGUGGAUACGCCGACCAUACGCUCUUACCCCCUGGCAAGUACAUCACGAUGUUCCAAUACCUCGAGUACCCUGCUAGUCGUGGCAAGAUCCACGUCAAGUCGCAGAAUCCUUACGUCGAGCCGUUCUUCGACAGCGGGUUUAUGAACAACAAGGCCGACUUCGCUCCUAUCCGGUGGAGCUACAAGAAGACGCGUGAGCUUGCCCGCCGCAUGGACGCAUUCCGCGGAGAGUUGACGUCUCACCACCCGCACUUCCACCCCGCUUCUCCCGCUGCGGCGAAGGACAUCGACAUCAGGACUGCCAAGGAGAUUUACCCUGACGGUCUCACUGUUGGCAUUCACAUGGGAACCUGGCACAAGCCCGGCGAGACGUACGACGCUUCCAAGGUGCACGAGGAUAUCGUCUACACCAAGGAGGACGAUGAGGCCAUCGACAACUGGGUUGCGGACCACGUCGAGACUACCUGGCACUCCAUGGGUACUUGUGCCAUGAAGCCGCGCGAGCAGGGCGGUGUUGUCGACAAGCGCCUGAGCGUCUAUGGCACUGAAAACCUGAAGUGUGCCGACCUCAGUAUCUGCCCGGAUAACUUGGGUACCAACACCUACUCCUCUGCUCUUCUCGUCGGCGAGAAGGCUGCGGACUUGAUCGUUGAGGAGCUUGGUCUCAAGCUCAGGACUCCUCAUGCUCCCGUUCCCCAUGCUCCCAUUCCCACUGGCAAGCCUUCCACUCAGCAGGUUCGGUAA